CUGAAGUGAAAAAUCUAAAAUGGCUAAGAGGAAGAGCUGGUUCAGCCUAGUGAAGAGGUUCUUUCUGUUUGAGACAAUUGCAGAACAGAAAAGAAGGAGAGCAGAAGGAGAUGGAUAUUUGGAAGGUCAAGGACCAUAAGGUUGACAGCACCACCGAUCGACACGAAAAAGGAUGAGUGCACUGUGGCUGUUGCCACCGAAGAAGUUGUUUCAGCUGAUCGGGUUGCGGCCGAGGUUGUUCAGCUCACUCAUACCCUUCAAUCUAGGCAUAUAUGUGAUGAACAAACCAAUGAUGUUCGACCGAUGAUGGUUCAAGAACUUGCAGCCACAAAAAUCCAGGCUACCUUUAGGGGAUACCUUGCAAGGAAAGCGUUGCGGGCGCUGAAGGGGAUAGUGAAGCUUCAAGCAAUCAUCCGAGGAACAGCGGUGAGACGACAAGCGAUGAAUACUCUAAAGUGCUUACAAUCAAUUAUGAACAUUCAGUCUCAGGUUUGUGCAAAGAGAUUCCAAAUGGCAGAAGAAACUUGGCAAUAUGAUGAGACCAAACAGUUAGUGACAUUGGAAGACAAGAUCAUUAAGGUGGACAUAAACAGUCAAAGAAGAUGGGAUGAUAGCAUUUUGACAAAGGAAGAGGCAGAUGCAAUGGUCUUAAGCAAGAAAGAAGCUGCAAUCAAACGAGAACGGAUAAAAGAGUACUCAUACGUUCAUCGGAAGUCAGCUGAAUCAGAACAAAACAAGGGUAAUGGAAGAUUGCAGUACUGGUUAGACAAAUGGGUGGAUACUCAAGUCAGUAAAAGUAAAGAGCUAGAAGAUUUGGACUCGAUUUGGACUUCGAAUCGCAAGCAACCUACGGAAGAAAACAGAGCUAAACAACUAAGGCUGAAGACUUUCCCAAGACAAUAUCAUUAUAACUUGGAAGGAUCUGAUUCUCCGAUCGUGCCGUUUCCACGAAGAUCAUUUCAUAAGAAGCAAUCUUCUUUGGGAGAAGACAAUUGUUUUCCAACCUCUCCUGCAGUUCCAACGUACAUGGCUGCUACACAAUCCGCAAAGGCAAAGCUAAGAUCAAUGAGUUCACCAAAGCUAAGGCCCGUAAGUUUUGAUACUCAGUCUGAAACCUACUCACCAUAUAAGAACAAGCUGUGCCUUGAAUCUUCUAUCACAAGGAGUAGUGCUUAUCAGCAGCGAUCCCCUAGCCUAAAGAGCGUGCCGGGUCCUGUGAAAUCAAAACGUACCUUAAAGGAUCUUAGCUUGAACUCCGAGUGUUCGUUGCGUAGUUGGGUGCAAGAAAGCACUUUUACAUGAUUGAUUCUUCCAUUCUGGUUAUCGGCCUGCGGUAGCCUAUUCGUAGUUGUUGUGUUGGUUUUGAACACUAGAUGCUACUUUGUGCUUAAACAAUUGAAUGAAUGAAUCCAGUUU